AUGUGGUUGACAGGUAAUGAGCCGUUGUCUAUCCUGCCUCUGAACUCUCUACCAGAGGAGAACGUGGGCAGGGCCCACUACAAGCUGUGCGACCGGUUAAAACUGGAAAAGAAGCAACGCAGAAUGUGCAGACGAGACCCGGGCGUGGCUGAGACCCUGAGAGAGGCUAUCACCAUGAGCGCCUUAGAAUGCCAGUAUCAAUUCCGCUUUGAGAGGUGGAAUUGCACCCUAGAGGGGCGCCACCGAGCCAACAUACUAAAGAGAGGAUUUAAAGAGACAGCCUUCUUGUAUGCCAUCUCCUCAGCGGGCCUGACUCAUGCGUUAGCGAAAGCGUGCAGCGCAGGACGCAUGGAACGCUGCACGUGUGACGAGGCCCCCGACCUGGAGAAUCGAAAGGCGUGGCAGUGGGGGGGCUGUGGAGAUAACCUCAAAUACGCCAACAAGUUUGUUAAGGACUUCCUGGGCAAACGCUCCAACAAGGACCUGCGGGCACGCGUCGACAUGCACAACACAAAUGUGGGCAUGAAGGUAAUAAAGGCUGGAGUGGAAACCACCUGCAAGUGCCAUGGCGUUUCUGGUUCCUGCACUGUCCAGACCUGCUGGAGGCAGCUCCAGCCCUUCCAUGAGAUCGGCAAGCAGCUGAAGCAGCGCUAUGAGACCUCCAUCAAGGUCGGAAGCUCCACCAAUGAGGCCACGGGGGAGGGAGAGAUCUCCACUGGACGCGGCCAGCAGCAGCAGCCUCCACAACAGCCUCCGCCUGGCCUGAACGAUCAGAUCCCUCGCACUAUGGACCUUCUCCACAUCGAGGACUCACCCAGUUUCUGUAGACCCAGCAAGUACUCGUCAGGCACAGCAGCCCGCAAGUGUUACAAAGACAAGAACUGCGACGCUAUCUGCUGCGGACGAGGCCAUAACACGCAAAGUAGGGAGGUGACACGGCCCUGCCAGUGCCAGGUGCGCUGGUGCUGCUAUGUCGAGUGCAAGCAGUGCACACAGAGGGAAGAGGUCUACACCUGCAAAGGGUAAACCGGUCACCUGUCAGCCUGCCUGAUCAGUGGAGCAAUUCAUAUAUGGCUGUUGCUCAGAGGAGUGGUUGAUUUGUUCUCGAACUCGGUUCUGCUUCAGCUGUCAGAACAGCCUUCUGCAAACAAAAGAGGAGCAAGCUGAUGGAGAAGCAAUAAGCACUUUGAGGGAUUUUUGUGAGCUGGGUGUCAGACGUCCUGUGGCCCCCGUGUCUGGGGGUGUGCAGUUAAAACAAAAUCUCAGACAACUGGGUCGACAUCUCAAGCUUCUUCUUUAAAAAAAAAAAAAAAUCACAGUUGUGCCUUGAACAGAGAAGCUUUUACUUCCCUAAUGAAAAAAAUCAAGUUGCAUCACACAAAAAAAAUGCGAUCAGCGUCAAGUUGAUGGAGAUCAAAGACAAAACCAGUCACACCAACAGACUGGUUUCUGGGGCCUUGCCCAAAAGAAGAAUGGUUUGUGUGUGUGUUCGUCUAUUUCUACAUGUGUGUUUGUAUGUGAGCACAAUAGAGUGAGGGGGAACGGGGGUUGACUGACGACUUUUAUGCAAUGAAAUCCAUAUUCAGAGACUGCUAAAAAGAAAACAAAGACAGGGUGUAAGAUUUACUUUACACGCACAUUUUUACACUCACACAAGUUGUGUGUUUGCAUAUAUAUAUGUAAAUAAAUUCAGGUAUAUUGUAAUGAUAUUAUACAAGCCACUUAUCUAACUAUGUUAAAACAAACCACUAAUCACACAAAUAUGUUUUGUGUGCUCUCGCUCAUCUUUCUUCUUGAUACAUGUCGACAAGGCCCUUUGGAAAGCAGCGCUCUUGUGUCACUUGCUGUGGAUAAUUUAUAGAUCCUUUGGGACUAC